AUGAGUAAGUGGGAGAAAUACAAGAAACAUUUUCAAAAUAAGUGGUUGACAGAGCCAAAAUUGAAGAAUUGGCUUGAAGAAACCUGUCAGGAUGAUGUAUUAAAUGGUAAGCCGGAAGCGUACUGCAAAUUAUGUAAGUGCCAUUUGCGUGCACACCAUAGUGAUUUUAUCACCCAUCAAAAAUCUAAUAAGCAUUGUGAGAAAGAGAAAGCCUUAGAUAGAAGAGUACAAUUUUCAUUGCCACAGCAUGGAUAUAUAGACAGUAUAACUGAUGAUAUUAAAAAUAUAGAUCUGCAGCUAGCUGUUUACAUAGCUAUGUAUACACCUAUUAAAUCUGUGGAUCAUCUUGGAGAACUUUUGAAGAUCUUAGGAAAAGGGAGUAAACUUGAGCAUGUCCGCCUACACAGAACAAAAUGUUCUAAACUUAUUUUAGCUGUUGUGUCACCAGCAUUAUUAACUGAGCUAGUCCAACAUGUUGGGGAUUCCCCGUUCUCAAUUAUAGCAGAUGAAUCUACCGAUGUGUCUACGUCUAAAUUUAUGGGUCUCUGCAUCCGUUUUUACAGCCAAAGAGAAGAAUCAAUAGUAACAGAUUUUCUAGGCAUAGUUGAAGUUACUAAAUGCACCGGUGAAAUUCUUGCAAAGACACUCUUAGAAUAUUUUUGUAAAAUUGGUCUUCCCCCAAAAAAUCUUUUUGCAAUUGGCACAGAUGGUGUUUCUAACAUGUGUGGAUUGAAUAACUCCUUCUAUACUCAUUUAAAAAAAGAAGUACCGAACUUGCAGAUGAUAAAAUGUGUUUGUCAUUCUUUGGACAAGUGUGCUCAAUAUGCUUUUCGCAAAAUGCCUGAUCACCUAAAUUACUUGUUAAAAGAAACAUACAAUUGGUUUGCUCACAGUGCUUUAAGGCAGAGUGAAUACAAAGAAUAUUACAAGACUAUGAAUAAAGGAAAAAAUCCUGGAAAGCUGCAGAAACUUUGUGAUACUCGUUGA